AGUUACGCGAUUUGGAUUAGGGGGGUAUAUUACGUCAGCAGCUAGCUGCAUGUCAUUGAUCCGACUGGAGAUAUAGAGCACUCCUGAAAAAGAACCCUUCAACAACUACGCGACACACUGGCAAAAGGGAGCACAUAUAAGCCACAAAUGGCUAAACAAUAAUGGCAUACGAUGAUGAUGAAUACUUUCUCCCUCUCGAAGACCAACGAGUCUUCGGAGCCGGCAUCAAAAGGAAACGAGUCCCUUUCAUCCCCUCCAGCGAAACAUUUGGAAACGCCAUAUCCAGCUCCACGUCCAGCACACCAAACACGUCCUCGAUAGGCGACAGGUACCUAUCCAUCGUCCUUCCCUCCGCGGUAGAAACUGAGAAGUCGGAGCCCUACCGCACUGCCUCAGCCCCACCAUCCAUACCGACCACCACCACCACAUCCCCAACCUGCGAAAUCUGUGACCUACCACUUUCCCCAUCUCCCUCUUCUUCCUCAAGCCACAAGACGAAAUACGCUUCAAAUCCCCACGAAGCCACCCUCGCCCAUCAAGUUUGCCUCCCGCACUCCCACCCACCCUCUGCCAUCGACCGCACCCGACCCGGCUUCAAGUACCUCUCAGCACGGGGCUGGGAUCCAGAUUCGCGUCUGGGCCUAGGCCCACAGGGACAGGGUAUCUCUGUACCGCUGAAAUCUAGGGUAAAACACGAUACGCUCGGCUUAGGGGUUAAACCUCCCAAACCCGGCCAAGAGAAGGCGAAGACAAAAGUGGAGAAGUUGAAUGCGAAGCAGGUGAGGAAGAUGGAGGCGGAGGGGAAGAAGAAGGGGGAAAGGUUGAGGGAGAUAUUUUAUGCGAGAGAGGAUGUUGGGAAGUAUUUGGGGACUUAAUUAACUAACUAUGAAUGAUGAUGCAAUGAUUGAUGAGGCGUAGGUUUAUGGGGCCCAAUCGAAGGGGCCUGGCUACAUGGAGCACGCGCAAUGUCUUGAUACCCAUUUUGUUUAGAUUUGUUUAGCUUGGUUUGGUUUUGUUAUGGCCCCAUAUAGUUAUGGUUGAAAGCCGCCUGUGAGAUGUAUUAUUUUAUUAAAAAAAGGUAACUGAAACGGCUUCUGUCAAAAUACCUCGUAGCACGUUCCCACUAAACUUCAUACCAUUACUCAUCACCAUUACUCAUCUACCUACGAAUUUACAUGGGAAAAGGGGGAAUGAGAAAUACAGCAUUAACACCACCGAAUGGAUCCGCGCCAGUUCUAUGCUGAAAUAAGUCAGGAAGAAGGGAUGAAAACAGGAAGAAGGGAUAUUGAUGCAACCGCCGGCACGGUAGGCUUUAUCGGUUGACCCGCAGCACCGUUCGGCGACCUGGGUGGAGCAUCUCUGGAGCUGAUAGUCAUCGAGGCAAGCCCGCCAGUCGGGGGAACUGGAGACUGUUGGGGUGCUGGUUUUUCGAAGAGGUGCGCAGGAGCCUUUGGUGCAGGUCGAUCUGCGGGAAGAUCCAAUCGACGUUUGUCGACGCUAAGAUCCCCAAGUUGGCGUAAAAAGAGUUUUGGUGUGAGCAUGAACGAGCUUCGGAAAAUGUCGCACCGCCAGCCAUGAAGAGAAUAAUUCUUUGGCGGGGCUCCGCUGCAGACGGGCGGGUUCGAGCCCAGGUUGGUUUUGCACUCCGAAGGGAUGCCUGCGAAGCAUUGUCUUGACCUAGUGUGCCGUCCGGGUCCAGAUGAGGCCUAGUAUAAGGGAAAAUUGUGGCGUCCAAAGUGCCUUUGUUCUGUUCUUCCAGUAAGAGUUUCAAGUUAGGUUCAAAGCGAGAAAGACUCGUGUCAUCUUCUGUUGUUUGAGCGGGAACCUUUCGGGGGAACAAAGGUUCGGGCUUUGGCUUAGUGUCCUUAAGCGGUUUUUCUACCCUUGCACCCAGUAAAUCGAGGUUAUAUAUAACCUCACCAUCCUGUGGUGGAAGUUGCGAGUGAGCAAGAAGCUUUUUUAUAUCUCCAGGAAGAAGACCAUCCCUGUAGAGCAAGUAAAGAAGAAUUAACCUCAGGCGCUCUGACGGUCCGAUGCAAUCCUCAUCUAAUAGGCGAACUAGCUGGUCGGCGAGAUGCUUAGGCUUCCGGUAAUCUUCGUCCAAGCCUGUAGAAAGUGACUACUACAAAUUAGUCAAGGAAGAAAAGUUGCAAAAUUUGCAAACGCAAAGAGAUGUGAAGGUUACCUGCUCAACAGAAGCGACUUCCAUUAAUUUCCGUUCCUGGAACAACCUCAUACACUCUUGCGCCAUAUUAAGAUGUAGGGUAUAUGCGUUUUUGCCUUCUUGAAAUUCAGCCAACCCAGCAAUCAUGUCCUUGACGGUGUUAAGGUUGGCAGUUUCACUUCGAAUUUUU